AUGCUUGCCCUUAAUCUGCUACAUUCUGCUGUUGGUUCCACGAGGUUCUGUAGCGGUUACUACGUCAACACGUUCGAAAUGAACGUGCUGAAAUAUGAAGUAUUCUCUCUUAUAAGACAGAGCGAAAUAGAAAACAUUGUUAAUGGAUUUGACGCGUCCUGUACAAGAGAAGCAUAUGGAGCUUUUAUAAGCGAGGGAGGUCCAGAUUUCCAAGGUUUUUGCACCAUUACUAUUUUACAAACAUUAACAAUCGAUGUAAAGUUUAUUGUUGUCGACAAAUGGUCUUCCGUUCAACAAGCAGCUCAAAUUGACAAAAUUGUUCGAAGAGACAGUGUUGUGAGCAGGUCCGUGUCUCAGAUCAUCGAGCAUCCGGACUAUCAGCCGGGUAACGAGAUUAACGACAUCGCUCUCAUCAAACUGUCGUCGCCAGUCCAGGUGAGCGACACAGUGUUGCCAGUGUGCAUGCCGCCGCCCAACCCCACAUACGCCGGUAAGACGGCCACUGCCACAGGUUGGGGAACCACCAGCUCCGGAGGCUCGUCUUCAGAUACACUCAGGGAAGUGGACGUCACGGUGCUGUCCAACACCGCAUGUCAGUCCGGCAGUUACGGAAGCGCCAUUAAGGACACCAUGUUGUGCGCCGGAAGCACAGGCAAGGACUCGUGCCAGGGAGACUCCGGCGGCCCUCUGGUGUUCAAGGACGGAGGCGGAAACUACGACCAGAUCGGCGUGGUGAGCUGGGGCUAUGGGUGCGGAGCCCGAGGCUACCCCGGCGUGUACACCCGCGUCAACAGCUACCUCGACUGGAUCAGGACCAACACAGCCGAUGGCGUUUACUGCAAAGGAAUGGUUUUCUAGUCCUGUCACUCCUGCUCUCACGACCACCAGUCUCGGACAUAAUGAAGGAAGCGAGACCUCU